AUGUAUAGAAAUAUCGCAAAGUUUUUAAGAAACGUCGGGCGUGACUUCAGGUCGAAUAGAUCAUUCAGUAAUAAAAUUGAUGCAAGCGAAAAUGAGCCUAUAAAAUUUUCUACUAGCCAAGCUUCAAGAAAGUCAGCCAGACCUUUAGUUAAAAAAGUAGAUUUAGAUAUGCCCUGGUACCAGCCUUUUUCAGUGGUUGGUAGUGUUGCAGUAUUCUUAAUAUACUUCUGUGUGCUACGGGAAGAAAAUGAUAUAGAUCUUGAAUUUAACAAAUCACUUUAUGACAGAAUAAAGGGUCUAGAAAAAGAACAACUUUUGCAAUCAUAUAGAUUUAACAAGGAGCAUGGCAAAAGUGUUGAUGAGAUAGAAAGGAGACUAAAGGAAUUAGAUGAACAAGAAAACAAAGUCAUUGUGCCCGUUGCUGAGUAAGUGAAUUUGUAACAAUAUUAAUAUAGAUUACUUGACUUGAUUAUUUAAAUGUAGCUAGCAUUUCGAUUAUUAUAUAAACAUUGUUUAAUGUCUUGUUAAUUGUGUAGGGAGACACUAUACAUAGGCUAUUAGGUAAAUAAA